UCGGCCGGGCCCGGGAGCCGCUGGUCGCCAAUCACCAUGCGGUGAAGAGGCGGCGCUCACUUCCAGUGCGCUGGGGAGCCAGCUGGCGCCGCUUUCCCCGGGAGCCCCAGGCGGGCGCACAGACUGGCGUGCCGACCAGCGGGAGGGCACCCGCAGCCCCCUGGCAGCCACCUCUCCCAGGCCUGGGGACACCCCCCCACACACACUCACGCCCAGUCCUCCCCGGGGAGCUGCAAGUCUCAGAUCUUCUGGCUCCUGCAAGGACAGCAAGGGAGGCUAGUGAGAGGCAGGCAGAAGGGGGAGCCCCGGCCCGCCCCGCCCCGCCCCGCCAGCGAUGUGACCCGAGCGGCUCGCACCUGGCGCCGCACCUGGAGGACCGCGCUCCGGGGCGCCGGGGAGAAUGCGCGCCGCUCGUGCGCUCCGCCCGCCGCUUCCCGCAGCCAGCACCUGACCAUGGAGCGCGCGCUCCCCGCCGCAGGCUCGGCUCCGCGGGGGGGUCCAGCGGGACUGGGGCGCGUGGCCAAGGCGCUCCAGCUGUGCUGCCUCUGCUAUUCGUUGGUCGCAGCAGCCUUAGCCAGUGACAACAGCGGAGACGGUGGCGGUGGCAGCAGUGCAUUAGAUGAUGAUUACAUCUUUGUCACGCCAGUGCAGGUGGACUCCGGCGGAGCCUACAUUACCCAUGACAUUUUGCACAGCAGCAGCCGGAAAAAGCGAUCAGCCAACAGCUCCUUGCAUUACCGAUUUUCAGCAUUUGGACAGGAAAUACAUUUAGAUCUUAAGCCUUCGGCGAUUUUGAGCCAUCAUUUUAUGGUCCAGGUACUUGGGAAAGAUGGUGCUUCAGAAACUCUAGACCCCAACCCCGAGGUGCAGCAGUGCUUCUAUCAGGGAUUUGUCCGAAAUGACAGCUUCUCCUCGGUCGCUGUGUCUACGUGUGCCGGCUUGUCAGGUCUAAUAAAGACACAAAAGAAUGCAUUCCUCAUCUCGCCAUUACCUCAGCUCCUGGCUCUGAAGCACAACUAUAGCUCACCCACCGGCAACCACCCACAUGUGCUAUACAAACGGACAGCAGAGGCAAAGGUCCAGCAGUACCAGGGCUACCCAGGCUCCAGCCAGAAUGAUCCUGGUUCCCCCUCAACUCAUACCUUUUCUGCAUCUCGACACCAAGAACAAGAGCCUCAUCCUCCAAGGUUCCAAAAGCAGCACUUUUGUGGACGACGCAAGAAAUAUGCCCCCAAGUCUCCCACACAGGACACCUACUUAAUGUUUGAUGAGUAUGGGACCCUGCGGAGGCCCAGAAGAGCAUCUGGAGAGAAUCAAAAGGGCUUGAAUGUGGAAACUCUUGUGGUGGCAGACAAGAAAAUGGUGGAAAAACAUGGCAAAGAGAAUGUUACUACAUACAUCCUCACAGUCAUGAACAUGGUUUCCAGCCUAUUUAAAGAUGGGACCAUUGGAAGUGAUAUCAACAUUAUCGUGGUGAGCCUCAUUCUUCUGGAACAAGACCCUGUAGGAUUAUUGAUCAACCACCAUGCAGACCAGUCUCUGAACAGUUUUUGUCAGUGGCAGUCUGCUCUCAUUGGAAAGAAUGGCAAGAGGCAUGACCAUGCCAUCUUACUCACGGGACUUGAUAUUUGUUCCUGGAAGGAUGAACCAUGUGACACUCUAGGGUUUGCCCCCAUCAGUGGAAUGUGCAGUAAGUACCGAAGUUGUACCAUCAAUGAAGACACAGGGCUUGGCCUCGCCUUCACCAUCGCCCAUGAGUCAGGACAUAACUUUGGCAUGGUUCACGAUGGUGAGGGUAAUCCCUGUGGGAAGGUUGAAGGUAGCAUCAUGUCUCCCACACUCAUGGGAAACAAUGGGCUGUUUUCCUGGUCCUCAUGUAGCCGUCAAGACCUCCAGAAAUUUCUUAGUACACCUCAGGCUGGGUGUCUGGUGGAUGAGCCCAAGCAAACAGGACAGUAUAAAUAUCCGGACAAACUCCCAGGACAGAUUUAUGAUGCGGACACACAGUGCAAGUGGCAAUUUGGAGCAAAAGCCAAGCUCUGCACCUUUGACUUUGUAAAGGACAUUUGUAAAUCACUUUGGUGCCACCGAAUGGGUCACAGGUGUGAGACCAAGUACAUGCCUGCGGCAGAAGGAACCGAGUGUGGCUUGAGUAAGUGGUGUCGGCAAGGCCAGUGUGUGCAAUUUGGGGAGCAUGGACCCCAGCCUGUCGAUGGCCAGUGGUCCACCUGGUCAAGCUGGUCAGAGUGUUCCCGAACUUGUGGCGGAGGAGUCAAGUAUCAAGAGAGAGAUUGCAACAACCCCAAGCCUCGAUAUGGUGGAAAGUUCUGUCCAGGUUCAAGCCGUAAUUACCAGUUAUGCAACACUCACCCUUGUAAUAAAAGUAGCUUGGAUUUCCGAGCCCAGCAGUGUGCGGAACAUAACAGCAAGCCCUUCCGCGGAUGGUUCUAUAAGUGGGAGCCUUAUACAAAGGUGCAAGAGGAAGAUCAGUGUAAACUGUACUGUAAGGCUGAGAACUUUGACUUUUUUUUUGCAAUGUCUGGGAAAGUGAAAGAUGGAACUCCUUGCUCCCCAAACAAACAUGAUGUUUGCAUUGAUGGAAUUUGUAAACCAGUGGGAUGCGACCACAAACUGGGCUCAAAAGCUGUCUUGGAUUCAUGUGGUAUUUGCAAAGGUGAUAACUCAACAUGCAAGAUUUAUAAAGGCCUAUACCUCAACCAACACAAGAAGAAUGGAUACUAUCCAGUUGUCAUCAUUCCAGCCGGGGCUCAAGGCAUUGAAAUCCAGGAACUACAAAUUUCCACUAGUUACCUCGCUGUUCGCAACCUCAGUCAAAAGUAUUACCUCAUGGGGGACUGGAGCAUCAGUUGGCCUGGAGAGUUCCCCUUCGCUGGAACCACGUUCCAAUACCAGCGCACCUUCCACCGCCCUGAGCACCUGCAUGCACCUGGCCCCACAAAUGAAACGCUGGUCUUUGAAAUCCUGAUGCUAGGCAGAAAUCCGGGGAUAGCCUGGAAGUAUACACUUCCCAAGGGCAUGAAUGGAACUUUGCUGGCAUCCAAAAGACACACCCACGUCUGGAAAACAGUCCAGUCCGGCUGCUCCGUCUCCUGCGGUGGAGGUGUCAUAAUUACAAAAGCCAUUUGCUUCCAAGACCAAACUAUUCAAGUCAAUUCCUCAUUCUGCAAUGUAAGAACCAAGCCAGCAACCUCACCCAAAAUAUGCAACACUUUCUCCUGCCCUGCCUAUUGGAAGCCAGGUGAAUGGAGCAUGUGCAGCAAGUCUUGUGCAGGGGGCCAGCAGAGUCGGAAGAUCCAGUGUGUCCAGAAGAAAUCCUUCCAGAAGGAGGAACCGGUGCUGCAUUCUCUCUGCCCAGUGAGCACACCCACGCAGAUCCGAGUGUGCAGCAACCACGCUUGCCCUCCGACAUGGAGCCUGGGUCCCUGGUCACAGUGUUCUAAGACUUGUGGGAGAGGGGUGCGGAAGCGUGAAGUCCUCUGCAAAAGUUCUGACACAGGAGGGAAUGUCUCUGAAAGCCUGUGUUCCAGCACCCUGAAACCAGCAUCUCAGGAAGGCUGUGUGCUGGGACGGUGCCCCAAAAACAACCGGCUCCAGUGGGUCGUGUCUUCCUGGAGUGAGUGUUCAGUGACCUGUGGUUCGGGCAUAAGGAGGAGAGAACUGCAGUGCAGUGAAGAUCUGCAGGGCAAAUUGAUAACCUUCCCUGAGCGAAGAUGCCGCAAUAUUAAAAAACCAAACCCAGACUUGGAAGAGACCUGCAACCAAGGACUUUGUCCAACCCACCCAGUGUACAGCACACCCGCCAGAUGGUAUGCAUCACCAUGGCAACAGUGCACAGUUACCUGUGGAGGUGGCGUGCAGACCCGAACUGUCUACUGUCUUCAGCAGGGCAGGCCUUCCUUAUACUGUCGGUUGGAGGAAAAGCCUCCAGUGCUGCAAGCCUGUAAUACAAACUUCUGUCUGGCUCUUGAGAAAAGAGAGGACCCAUCCUGUGUAGAUUUCUUCAGCUGGUGUUAUCUAGCUCCUCAGCAUGGUGUCUGCAACCACAAGUUUUAUGGUAAGCAGUGCUGUAAGUCAUGUACCAGGAAAAGCUGAUCUCAGUGCAUUUUCUAACAUCAUAAAGCCAGGGUCUCACCUUUUAGCCUCCAGAGAAGCCAACUACCUUUCCAAUGGAAAGCUGAGUGCAGAAACCAUUUGUGAGCUGCUAUAGUCUUUGAGGAGGUGGCUCUGAAUGCACUCGGUCCCCCAAAAGCACAUGGUACUCAGAAGCACUUGAAAAAUGGGAAGCAAUGACAAAUCAGACUUAGAAAUAACACAAUUUUGAUUUGCACUGUUACACAAAAGGAGCCAAGAGUUACUCUGAGCUACGUUAAACAUUAAUUUUGACAAAGUGAGAAUCUUGUCAACCUUGGGACAGAUUCCCCCUUUGGACUUCAAAGGGUUCCAUGGCAAAGACAUUUAUUUUGCAAAGGUAAAGACCUCUGAUCAAAGAAUGACACUUUGGACAAUGAAAUAUAGAUCCAACACUUUGCCUGGCUAUUCCUUGCAAGCAUAUAGUUUGACUGAAACUGGAUGCCCCCAACCAGGAAUUAUAAGAGAAGCUAAAUGGUGCUCACACUUGCUUGCUGCUGGACUAGCAAGCUCCACGUGAUUUUUAUUUAGUAUGUGUGUGUUGUUGAAAGCAUGUUCUGCUUAUGGAGAGACUCUGAGAGUAUACAGUUCACAACAUAAGAAGAAUCCCAAAGAAUAGUCUGAAAACAAAGCAACAUGGACAAUUUAAAGCUCUCUAAUUAACUGAUCUUCGCACUGAAAAAAUAAUAAUAAUCCCACAAAACUCAUACAAAGGACAAAUACUAAUGCCGUAUCUAUGUUAUCAGCCUCGUAAAUUUGUGUGCUAGCUAAACAAGUACACAGGAGCCUCAAGUCUGCUCUCUGGGAAUCAGAGUUGGUUAAGAUGUUCAUUUCUCGUAAAAAAAAAAAAAAAAAAACCCUAGGAGGGGUUAAAUAGCAAAAUAGCAGUAUUUUGAAGGAGGAGAGACCAUUUAUCAUGCUCCGUACAUAUUAUCAGAGCUGCUUGGAAAAUUAAAGACUGCUUGUGGUUUUUUUCCAACCAACUGACAAGUUUAAAUUUGCCCUAGGAUUUAGUUAACAAGAAAAAAGUCACAGUGGCAAUAGAAAAAGUCAUCUGUCUUCUUGUUACAUUAAUAUUAAUAAAUCAUAAUAUGCCAAGACCCUGAACGAAUACAAGUAUUUUAUAGUCUUUCAGAAGGUAUUUUCAGUCUUUACAAGCCAGCUGUUGGUAGGCACUAAUGAGCUUAAAAUUGUUCUCAAUUGGAAAAAUACCACACUAUUUUGCCAAAACCAAAGAAACUUACAAGAGACUGUAUCCUUCUGUAAUUUUUUUGAGCUGUGGCUAUAAAGGGCAUAUUUAUAUAAUUCUACUCUAUUCCUCCACUCCUUUGAUGAAUGUAACCCAGUUUUACUACUUCUAAAAAAAAUUUCAAUUCAAGUAGGGAUUUGCCAGCUCAGCAUAACCAACUAGACAGUGGUUUGUUAAAUUUAGACCAUCCUUUGUUCCCAUUCUAAUUAAAAUCAUGCAUUCUCAAAGCUCAGAAAAAUAAUGAUUAGAAUAUUCUGUCUACUUGGUUUGGCCUAGAGUAGUGGCUUUUUAUCACCAGUAAAAAAAAAAUAAUAAUAAAAAAAAAUGGGUCCAUGCCAAUACCACUUGCCUUCUGAAAAUUUACAAGGCUACUUGUUUCUUUAAAUUUGUCAUUUUAUUGUUUUAUGGAAAAAUUAAUUUAUUAAUAGCCUAUUAUGUGAUCUCACUUGCUUCUGUAAGUGAUAUUAACUCUGAAAAAUGUUUAAUAAAACCAUGGGUUAUAGAAAAACACAAAAUAUAUGUAAUAUUUAAUUAUUUUAUAAGUUUUAUAAUAAAGUGUUGUGUUCUUUA